AUGGCCCGGCACCGCGUCCCUCCCGUGGCCGCGCCCUCCCUGCAGCAGUGCACUGCACUGGCCUUUCGCGAGCUGGUGGGGAGUAACCCUCCGCAGAGGAACUGGAAAGGGAUCGCCAUCGCGCUGCUCGUGAUCCUGGUCAUCUGCUCCCUGAUCGUCACCUCGGUCAUCCUGCUGACACCAGUGGAAGACAACAGUCUCUCCCAGAAGAAGAAGGUCACGGUGGAGGAUCUCUUCAGUAAGGAGUUCAAAGUGCACGACCCCGAGGCUAAGUGGAUAAGCGAUAAAGAAUUCAUCUACAGAGAGCAUAAAGGAAAUGUGAUACUGCGGAAUGUUGAAACUAAUCUGUCUACAGUGUUAAUAGAAGGCAAAAAAAUUGAAUCGUUACGAGCCGUCAGAUACGAGAUAUCUCCCGAUAAGGAAUAUGCACUUUUCUCCUACAACGUGGAACUCAUACACCAACACUCCUACACUGGAUACUAUGUCCUGAGCAAAAUUCCUCAUGGGGACCCUCAGAGCCUAGACCCGCCGGAGGUGAGCGACGCGAAGCUGCAGUACGCAGGCUGGGGCCCCAAAGGCCAGCAGCUGGAAGCCCCCCCCCCCCGUUUUGAAGGUCACGUGUCUCGGUUGCUGCCUUCAAGUCGCCAUCUCCUGCAUCUUGAAGCUGACGGGCUCAAGCUGCACUUAAAGACCCUUUUCCUAAAACGGCACAGAAGCGGGCCUUUCGGUGAGCAGUGA